AUGUACAAGGUUUUGGAGUGGAUCAUAUUGAAUCAGCUAAUUAUACAUCGCGAAGAAUCAGCAGCGAUGAACAAGCCGGCUUUCGCUUUGAUCGAUAGGCAGUUUGUCAACACACCAUCUGCACGUGCCUUGAUGGAUCCCGAGUAUGCCGACGAUGGAUUAACAUUCGCUUCUAGCAGCGCGAAUUUGCGACAUGUUAACGUAGCAUCGAAAUUGGCUGCCCUUCAACUUAUCUCGAAUUGCCCAUGUUCGACUGUCUUUGAAUCUCGGCAUGUUGAAACGUGGUGGUCUGCUGUGUUAACAAGUCUAGCUAAUGAGGCUCUGACGAAGGCGAUAACGCCGAAACGUUAG